AUGUCUGUCCCUCCUUCCAAGCUGACUUCUCGCCGAAACAAGGAGCUAGACAGAUCAAGGAGUUCAUACACUUCGUCCAUCCCUGCAGUCGUUUCUGUGAGGCGACCGCCAUCUCCGAAACCAGCGGCUAUCAAAACGCGUCGAGCGCUAGUACGCCAAUAUCCUUCCCCGACGUCCUCCAGUACAGAUGCAGCCCUUCCUCCAUCUGUACCUCCCUAUGGUUCUAAGUACAACGGGAGGACUACGCCAGAUGCUCGGCCAGUACAACAUGGUCCUGUGACCUCGCGACUUCACCGCUCACGGACGCAAUCGACUCAAUCUCUUCAGCAACAGUCAGAAGAGAUGCUGCGCGACGACCUGUGUGAUCAACUUGAAAUGGAGAUUCCACAGACAAUCAAAGUGUUGCCUCCACGUGCGAGGAAGAAGAAGGCAUCAUGCAUCGGCAUAAACUACCAAAGCCAGGAUAGAGAGCUUCGUGGCUGCGUAAAUGAUGCUUGGAACAUUGCAGAAUUUCUAAAAUCCUUCUGGAAUUACGCGAAAGAGGACAUCAUGGUGCUCACAGAUGAGCUAUACAAUCUGAAGUACAUGCCAACGAGACGGAACAUCCUGAGCGCGUUGCGAUGGUUAGUGAAAGACGCCCAGCCUGGAGAUUGCUUAUUCUUUCACUACUCUGGACAUGGAGGACGAAUCGUCGACUUGGAUGAUCGCCGUGUGGAUGGUCACCGUGUAGAUGGAUUUGAGAAGGCUAUCCAUCCAAUUGACUGGGAACGCGCUGGUGAGAUUGUGAGCGAGGACUUAUACGACGUCAAACCCCCACCCGCUGGCUGCUGCCUUAAUGCGUCGUUUGAUUCAUGUUAUUCUGGAUCCGUCCUCGAUUUGCCAUACAUCCAUGCUACGAACUCUCGAGCUCUCAUAAAGUACCCCCAAGCUCAUGUGGUAUUAUUUGCAAGCUGUAGUGACUUCCAAGGUAGCGGGGGCGUUUUCAUAAGGGGUGGAGAGUUUCUUGGAGCCAUGUCCUCUGCCUUCAUCUCGUCACUUACGACGAACCCAACCCAGACAUAUCUGCAGGUACUUGCGUCUGUGCAGGUUACCUUACGUCGGACUCAGAGGCAGACGCUGCAGCUGUCUAGUUCGUAUCCGAUUCUUCAUCAGGAUUCUAGUCAACAAUGCCUCUUUUAA